GUUGGUUUGUACAUUGUGGAAGGAUGGCCGACAAAAGAAAACUCCAAAGUGAUAUAGAAAGAAAUCUUAAGCGAGUACAAGAAGGAAGGACUGCGUUCCAGGAAAUACUUGAUAAAUUUGAAAGUACUAAUAAUCCAACUCAAAAAGAAAAAUUUGAAGGUGAUUUAAAAAAAGAAAUUAAAAAACUUCAAAGAUUAAGAGAUCAAAUUAAGACAUGGAUUACGGCUAGUGAAGUAAAAGAUAAACGACCAUUAUUAGAAGCACGUAAAGAAAUUGAACAAGAUAUGGAACGAUUUAAAGUAAUUGAAAAAGAAACAAAAACUAAAGCUUAUUCAAAAGAAGGCUUGUUAUCGACUGAAGCUAAAAAAGAUCCAUUACAAAAAGAAAAAGAAGAAUUAGAUGAUUGGUUAAAACAAUGUAUCAGUUCAUUGAAUACACAAACAGAAAAAUAUGAAUUUGAAAUUGAAAGCUUAUCAAAUAAUACUAAAAAGAAACGAAUCGAUAAAGAAACAGCUUCAGCAAUUGAUGAAAAACGUCAACGUUUAGAAAUGUGUUGUUUUCAUGUUGAAAAACUUGAAGCUAUUAUGCGUUUAUUAGAUAAUGAACGAUUAGAUUGUACAAAAGUUAGAUCUAUUCAAGAAUCUAUUGAAUAUGUGAUCGAUUGUAGUGAUAAUCAGUCUAUGUUUGAUUUUAAGAAUAUUUAUGAUGAUUUAUGUUUAGAUGAGUUAGGCGAUACUACUGGAAUCACUGCAGCGUCAGGCGCUGCGACAGGAAAUCAAGAGCAUGAUCUAAAUGGUGUAAUUACUACCACUGGCACAACGUUGGUGAGCCAACGAGGAGGAAGUGAUGAUGCAGGCUCGUCAACCUCAACUCAUACAACUGCAUCAAAUAAUACAGAUUCAUCUGUCACUCAUCCUGGUUCUUCAGCUUCGUCAAAUGCGUCUUCCAGAGAACGUACUAAAAGUGAUGAUAAAGUUUGUUUAUUACCACAUGUAUCUGCUUCUUCUACUAGUACACCUAUGAAAUCUUCAAAUACAGGUCUUUCAGGUAAACAAAAAUCUACUGCUUCAGUUAAUCAAACUGCCCCAGCUCUUAUGUCCCAAGUUGUUGCCGGUACUCCUAAUAAAUCUGGAAAGUUGAACGCAACUAGUCACCCGUCAAUAAACAGUAUAACAGUGACUGAAUUAGGCCCGACCAAACCUUCUAAUACCCCAGAUUGCCAAGUUGUUGUUGAUGAUCUUUCUCGAAGCCAGAAGAAUGAAACCAAUCAAAAACAUAAUGACAGUUCUAAUUCAGUUCCAUCAAAUCCUCAGUUACAGUCACAAUUAAAAAUUGGUCCUAAUGGUGAUAACAAUUCAUUGUCACCUUUCUCGUCUGUUUCAGGAACAAAUCCAACUUCUACAGCACCUAGUCUUGCAUUUUCUACCUCUCUUGUAAAAGAGGAGCCCUCUGUAAUCAAUAGUCGAGAAGAAUUACUGGCACCGUGUCAACCAACGUGUGUUCCUAACUCAGUGAAUUCUUCAUCACCUAUCCCAGUUCGAGUUAAGUCAUCCGAAGUUAGCAAAACUUCAGGUGUUACUACUAAUGUGCACAACAGUUCGGUACUUUCCUCUUCUACAGACGUAAGCUCUGAAAACGUAAAUCAUACUCCUCCCAGCCUAUAUUCAACGGCUAUGUUAGCUGCUUCCCAGGAUAAACAAUUAUUAUCUCUACUAGCUUGCUCUCAACAUCCAUCUUUGGGACGUGCAGGUUCUAAUAUUGUUAUGGACCCUCCACUUUCUGAAAUUUCCUUGUCUAAUAAAUUUCAUUCAACAUCUGGUAUUUCAUUGCCACUUUCUUCAACUAUCACACCUACAACCAAUCCUCAAAUCCAACCUUCCUAUUUAGGACUAGACAGCCAAUUGUCCGGUAUACAACCAUCGUUACAUUCUCAACAGUUAAAAAAUCACCAGAAUAGUCCUGUUCAUGCUCAUAUGCAUCCGCGUGAUGCUGCCGCUCCUUUCCGUAACAGAAAUUUGGACAAACCUAAAGGAGCUGUACCACAAGAACUUCUUUUACAAUUGCAAGCAUUAGAAAGUGGUUAUCGUCGAUUGCCGCAUUCAUGUGACACAGAGAAAUCACGUAUGAUUAUUUGUAAAAAUCCAGUGAAUUGUCCAAGUUAUUAUCCACGUGAACCAUUGAUCGGUACAGAUAAUGAAGAAUACUACAUGAAAUUAGAUGCACAAACAUUAUUUUUUAUAUUCUAUUAUUUUGAAGGCACUAAAGCACAAUAUUUUGCUGCCAAAGCAUUGAAACGUAUGUCAUGGCGUUUUCACACGAAAUUUAUGAUGUGGUUUCAACGACAUGAAGAACCGAAACAAAUCACUGAUGAAUAUGAAUCUGGUUCAUAUAUUUAUUAUGAUUUUAGAACAAUGCGACAGCGGAAAAAAGAAGAAUUUAUGUUUCAUUAUAGUUUUUUAGAAGAUAAAGACUUUUAAAUUCUACUACUAGUACUACUAACAAUGAUGAUGAUGAUUAAGAGAGAGAAAGCGAAUUUUUUGUGAUAUACCACAUAUCUCCUGCUCCUCCUCCUCCGCUUCCCGCCAAUUUUGUUCAAUAUGUUGAAUAUUUUAUACACUAGUGAAAAUAUUGAAUAUUUAUAUUUAUUUAUUUAUAUCUAUUGUAUAAAAUAUUUGAAGACGACCACGACGAUGACAACAAAAAGAACAACAACAGCAACUGGUAGGUGCUUGAUUGAUUGGUUAGUUGAUUAGUUGGUUAACUGGUUGGUUCGUUUGUUUGCAUUUUGUUCUAUUUUUUUUUUCAUUGUGUAAUAAAUUUAAUAAUUUCCCCCCUUUUUCUUCUGUUUCUUUUUUUUUUAAUUCUCUUACCUCUCUUAUUUCAAUCAUAAUCAGUAAUAAUAAUCAAUAAUCAAUAAUAAUCAAUGAUAAUCGAUAAUAAUAAUAAUAAACGUAGCGAUUUAAUUAAUCUCUAUUUUUAAACUGUAAAUGUAUUUAUUAUAUAAUGUGCAUAGAAAUACAAACAACAACACUGUGGAAUUUGCAUUUAAACAUAUACUUGAUAUAUAUAUAUAUAUAU